UGUAGACAAUGAUAAAUUCUACUAAAUUGUAUAUCACUUUGUUAUAUCUUCAAUCGUUUUCGCAGCAUUCGCGAUUAAAGAAAGUUGUUUGGUAUUUUUUUACAUUAUCGGAGUUUUGGUAAGGAACCCUAUUUUUUUUUUUGACUAAAUAUAGCCUAUGUCACUCAGGGAUAGUAUAGCUUUCCAACGGUGAAAGAAUUUUUCAAAUCGGUUCAGUAGUUUCGGAGCCUAUUCGAAACAAACAAACAAAAAAACAAACAUUUCCUCUUUAUAAUAUUAGUAUAGAAAAUACAUACAUAUGUAUAUUAACUUUUUCGAUGCCUAUCACCCGGUGCCAUUAUACCCUACACUGGGUAUUAAUACAAAAAAAUACGUAGUCUUAAAGUUAAAAAAAGGCCGUUUUUAAAAUUCACUUAAAACACGGCGGUAAAGUGAAAAAAAGUUUCCCUAAUUUUGUUAAAACCAGAAUACAAAAAAUCAGUAAAACAAAAUCUACCUAAUUUGUGAACACUGUAUAUGCAAACAUACAUACAUACAUAUAUUAAUACAUACAUAUAAAUCAGUGGUCGGCAUGAGAGGAUCUGUCACCGUGUUGGUGAGCACGAAAAAAAACCCUGCCAGCAAUUCGGUAGUCAACUACGCAAAAAACACAUUUCUAGUUAACUUUUAUGAACUAACUAAAAGCUAACUACAAUGUAAUGCAUAAAUGCCCCACAUCAGAGCGAGCAUAGAGAAUGCAGGUGUUUCUGUUUUUGAUUUUUUUCUCAUCUUUACUGUUAGUUCUUUGUAAUCUCUCUUUUCGUUAUUAGUAGGCUGUAGUCAAAUGUCCGUGAAUCAGUUGAUGAAUCGUGUGCAAGCAAAAGUGACACAAAAUUUAAAAAGAUAAAGUUGUUAAUUAAAUUAAAAAGAGUACAAAUUCUCAAUCUGAUUGCUUUAAAUUUUAAUUAUUGUGUACUUGUAAAAAGUAAAAUGAGGGGUGUAAGCAAAAGGCAUUUGAGACGGUUAAUCAAAAAGGAAAAAGAUGUGUUUUCUAGUAAACUUUUGUCUAAUAGUGUAGCUCAAUUAGAAGCCACGUGCUCCUCUGUUAAUGCUCAGUGUCAUGACGAAGGCCAUAUGGAAAGUAGUGAUAUUGGCAAUACUUUCGAGCAAAAAUUUGCAUAUGACAUAAUUAUGAAGUCCUUGGCUGAGCAGAAAGUGUUGACGGAAAGGGUUCUUCACCAAGAGGUAACCAACAAUAAUGCAUGUGCAGUUUUCCCCAUAAAAAGUGUCAACGACUUACACGACUUCAACACUAUUAUUAGUGAGGACAAUCGUGACCUCUACGUUAACAGGAUGAAGGCUUUGUUAAAAGGGCGCCUGGCGAAAACAUUGACAGAUGUUAUUUCCCAAAGUGUGUGCAUAGAAAUCAAUUUGGAUGGAGUUCACGGCAAGAAGCGUUUGAAAGAUUUUAAAGCUUUUUACCAAACUUUAAUGGAUGCUUGUCGUUCGCUUGGUUUUGAAGACAACGAAAAGGAGAUAAGGAAUGCCUUGAAAAUCAUUAAAAAGCGGCAUUUCCAUGCAGAAUGUAUUAAAAAUAAGAAGAAUAAAACAGAAAAUUAAUACUUUAUUUUUCGGCCUUUUUUAACUUGUGUAAUUGAUUUGUAGCUAAUUUUAAAAAAGUCAACUGAUAGCUUCCUACUAAAUAACUAAUUUUUAACUAACUGCUAAGUAACCAACUUGUAGUUAACUUAAAUAAAUAGCUAAUAGCUAAUAUAUAGCCAACUACUAAGUAGCUAACUUUAAGUUAGUUGAAAAGUCAUGCAGUGUCGGAUAAUUGACUACUGCCUAGGACAUCGCAACAUUAAAAUAGUCAGUUGGCUCCAUGAAAAAUAGUCCAAGUAUCAACCGCCUCUAGUUGCGAAAUAGUUAGAUUAAAGUGCAUUAAAAGUUAGCUGAGUUGCCGGCA